AUGUUGAACUUGGGUAAAAGUUGGCGGGCUUUUAAUAAUUUUGAAAAGUACGAGUUUAAUCCUGAAAUAGAGGAUUUUAACCAGUUCAUUGAUUCAUGGAACAGUAGACUUAAAGAUUUGUUGACGGCUGGGUUGGAAUAUACAGAUCAUAUUCUAGUAUUCAAACUUCUCAACAGUUCCAAGAUGUCUGCCGAAGCGCAGUGGAGAGUAAUUUCAACGCUGCAGAGAAGAUACCGAGGAGACUGUAAUAUAGUUCAUAUGACUCUUCAUCUAAUUAGUAAAGAAAUACAGAUAGUGAAUCAAACCCAGGUUGGCGCCGAGGGCUUCAUGGGAGAAACAGAAUUUUUGAAAGUUGAGAUUUUUGAAGAAGAAUUCGACCAAAGAGAAAACUGUAAGCAACCUAAGAUUCUUGAGAAGGAUGAUGGAUUACACCUUAAUCCUGGAUUACAACCAAAACAGGGAUUACAAGCUGAUUCUGGAAACCCUGAAACAGACGAACUAGCACUAGCUGUAGCUCGUCAUAUAACUGUAGAAACUAUAGAAGAAGAAAACCAUGACACUGGUGAAGACCACAAGCAAGGAACUACUAAAGAGAGUAUAACCUGUCCUAUCUGCGGGGAAUUGAGAUUCUCUGAUCACGGCAUAAUUCAACAUAUGAAAAUCCACGAACAACUCUUUCCCUGUACUAUUUGCGAUAGAUCGUUUGAGGUUUACACCGACAUGAUAAAGCACAUGAAAAUUCAUGAGGAUAAAACUUUUUCUUGUAUAGUUUGUCAUAAAACUUUUAAAGGUAAGUUAAAUCUGAAGCAACACAUGAAAAUUCAUGGGGAGAAGCAGUGUACUUGUCAUAUAUGCGGUAAAUCAUUUGCAUUAAAAUCUACUGUGGACAAGCACAUGAGAACACACACUGGAGAAAAACCCUUUUCCUGCAAGAUAUGCAACAAAUCGUUUGCAUUCUCUGAUACUGUGACAAAGCACAUGAGAAAUCAUAAUGGAGAGAAACCAUACGUUUGCAAAUUUUGUCAAAAACCUUUUUCUACGUCAAGUCACAUGCAUGUCCACAUUAGGAGAAUUCAUAUUGGUGAAAAACUGCUUGAAUGUCCAACUUGCGGUAAAAAAUUCAGAGGAACAUCUAACUUAUCCAAGCACAAACGGAUUCAUACAGGACUUAAACCAUUUAAAUGUAUGUUAUGUGAAGACUCUUUUACCCAAAGCUUCAAUUUGAAAAGACACUUGAAAACUCAUGUAAAAGUGAUAAACUUAUGUCAAUGGUUUAGUUUAUUUCAUAAAACUCAGAAAAUUAUGGUUAACUUCUUUGUAAUGAAGUUUUGCAUGAUAAAUUAUUUCAGAAAAAUGUUGAAUCUAUGUGGAGGUUGGCGGGCUUUCAAUAAUUUUGAAAGUUACGAGUUUAAUUCUAAAAUUGAGGAUUUUAACCAGUUCAUUGAUUCAUGGAACAGACGACUUGAAGAUUUGUUGGAUGCUGGGUUGGAAUAUACAGAUCAUAUUCUAGUAUUCAAACUUCUCAACAGUUCCAAGAUGUCUGCCGAAGCGCAGUGGAGAGUAAUUUCAACGCUACAGAGAAGAUACCGAGGAGACUGUAAUAUAGUUCAUAUGACUCUUCAUCUAAUCAGUAAAGAAAUACAGAUAGUUAAUCAAAGCCAGGUUGGUGCCGGUACUGACACUGUCGAGGGGUUUUUGGAAGAAACCGAAUUUCUGAAGUUUGAGAUUGUUGAAGAAGAAUUAGACCAAAGAGAAAAUUGUAAGCCACCGAAGAUUCUUGAAAACGAAGAUGGAUUACACUCUAGUCCUGUAAUACAACAGGAAUAUGGAUUCAAGACUGUACAAGGAUUGAACGUUGAUCCUGGAUUACAAGAUGAUCUUGUCAUACAAUCGAAUCAUAGAUUCAAGACUGAACAGGGAUUGCAAUCUGACACUGGAUUACAAGUUGAUCCUGGAUUUCAAGCUGCCCAGUGUAUCCCUGAAACAGACGAACUAGCACUAGCAGUAGCUCAUCAUAUAACUGUAGGAACUAUAGAAGAAGAAAACCAUGAAACUGGGGAAGACCACGAGCAAGGAGCUUCUAAAGAGAGUAGAACCUGUCCUAUCUGCGGGGAAUUGAGAUUCUCUGAUCGUGGGAUAACUAGGCAUAUGAAAACACAUGAAAAACUCUUUCCCUGUACUAUUUGCGAUGAAUCAUUUGAGGUUUACACCGACAUGAAAAAGCACAUGAAAGUUCAUGAGGAUAAAACUUUCUCUUGUAUAGUUUGUCAGAAAACCUUUAAAGAUAUGGGUAACCUAAAGGGACACAUGAAAAUUCAUGGAGAGAAGCAGUGUACUUGUCAUAUAUGCGGUAAAAGGUUUGCAUUACAAUCUGCUGUGAACAGCCACAUGAGAACACACACUGGAGAAAAACCCUUUUCCUGCAAGAUAUGCAACAAAUCGUUUGCAUUCUCUGAUACUGUGACGAAACACAUGAGAAUUCAUACUGGAGAAAAACCAUAUGUUUGCAAAUUUUGUCAAAAACCUUUUUCCCAGUCAAGUCAAAUGCAUAAACACAUUAGGAGAAUUCAUGUUGGUGAAAAACUGCUUGAAUGUCCAACUUGCGGUAAGAAAUUCAGAGGAACAGAUGACCUAAAUAUGCACAAACGGAUUCAUACAGGACUGAAACCAUUUAAAUGUAUGUUUUGUGAAGAUUCUUUUAAUCGAAGCUUCAAUUUGAAAAGACUUGAAAACUCAUGUAAAAGUGAUAACGUAAGAAAUAAAUUGUUAUUUUGCUAUCUUAACUUUUCAUGCUGACUAUGUGUCAAUUUAAUAAACUCGUUUAUAACGGUAAUUAUAUUGCGGCCCAAAAGAA